CAGUUAUAAAAAUCUCUGACCCUUCACUUUCUCGACCGUUCAAUUUUCAAACUUCGUGCGGGAACUUCGUCCGAGAUUCCCAUCUUCCAUUACACAUCUCGCUUCCAAAGCAACGAUACGAACAACAGCUCAUCUGAUAGAUAGCGUCAACUUCAUCAUCAUCUGAUCUGCAAGGUCCGACCGCAGAGAUGGGUUCGGUCGCCGAUUUCCAUCAAUCUCCAUCCUCGACACUGGGCGACACAGAAAAGAGCAGUGCCCUAGAGCAGACCGAGACCAAACGAGAGGACAAAAACCCGCCUGGUUCAUCAUGGAGCAUUGUAUUCAUUGCUCGCGCGCUCAUCUACCGCUUCCUUCUCUUUACUUUUGACUGCUCAGACGUCCAGCCACUUCUCGCACUCUUCUUCUGGCCCGCCCACAUCUUUGCCCUCGGUCUUCUACUCCUCGAUGUUCAUUACCGAGAAGCUUUCAUGAUCAGACGUCUUUCCACGGAUUCCCCGAAACUUAUCCGCGGAAAACUUCGUACCGGAGCGCAGCUACACCUCGAUCCCGUCUUCCUACUCAGCCUUCUGUGCGUGUAUUGGGUAAAGCUCCUUGAGUCCAUAGUGGGAAGCGCUUUGGCGGAAACUAGGAGUGCCAACAACUUGCCCAUCGAUAAUCCUACACCUUCAAACGAGGAGAAAAAGGAAGAGUGUCUCUAUACGGCCGAGGAGAUUGACUUGGUGCUCAGAGCAAGACAGCUGGCGAGCAAAACCGGACACAGCGUCGUCGGGAUUUGCAGAUGGGUGGAGAACAUGAACGCUAAAGACCCUCUCUGGGAGCAAAACUGGCGCACGACUCGACUACCCUUGUGCGUUUCCGAAGAUUGUGGUCUACAGUACUACGAGUCCAUCCAUAACGCCCUGAACGGCCCAUCUGAAUUUGACCCCUUGCGGCAACCCACAGGUCUCGCUCAGGAUGAUUUUGGAACCGUCAACAAACCGUCAUCUGAGGGAAGCAUGGCUGCUCAAUAUCCAGAUGAUUGCGGUAUUGACGAUCUUGAUGACCCAGAUGUCUCCGCUCCCUCUGGUGAGGACCAGAAGAAUUCUUCCAACCUUGAGUCUGCCCGGAAUCAGAACACUAACGGCUUUCGCCCCAUUCCCGACAACUGCGACGAUUACUUGUAUCCUGCGGAAGGAAAACACCGAGGAAAACAACGAGGAAAACACCAGGGAGAACAAAAAGAGAUUCCCGUCACUUACAUCGAACUCACCGCUGAAGAACCAACCCCCGACACUUACGGUUUCACUCCUUUGUUUCCGCGUGGGACUUGUGGUCCCUCCACCUACAGCCCUAACGAAGCGCUCAACGGAAAGCCCAUCGAUGAGUUCACAAGUAGCAAGGUUGCAAGAGACUCUAUCGAGUUAUUGCUGGAAGCGGCUAGAAAGAUGCCACUUCCCGCACCCAGCACAAGGGAUAACUCUAACGCUUUCAUGCCACUCACCCCUGAAAAGAAGACAGCUCCCGAGUCCAGUGAUGGUGGUGGUGGUGGUGGUGAUGGUGCUCGCUUCAAGAUUGCCCCUAGCGAAGGAUGGGAGCGUGUCACUUCUGCUUUGGACCCCGACGUCGAAAGAACAAGUUCAGUUGUCACUACUUAUGGCUCCUCCGACGGUGAACGAGCAAGUUCCGUCGCCAAUGGCUCUGACAACGGAAAGGACGAGAAGGACGAGAAGGACGAGAAGGACAAGGAGGACGAGAAGAACGUGAAGGACGAGAAGGACGAGAAGGACGAGAAGGACGGAAAGGAUUUGAUGAUGGGUUGGUAUAGCGCCGACACUCCGAUUAAGCUGGAUUAAGAGGACUGACUGGGUGGCAUGGUGAACGGGUGGUGAGAAGUCGGAUUCUCAUUCCCCGGCUUUGCAUGAUGGGGUUGAGUUGUGUGUUUCGGGCACUUUUGUGCAGUUCUCCUAGGUUUUUUUAUGCCUUCGGAUUGAGAGAUGGAAAUGUUUUAAGAGAGGGAAGACCAAUGGCUCUAUGAUGUUAAUGG